AUGAAGAGUAAUGAUUUAUCCUCAGAAACUCUUCCAUGGUACAUUAAAGGACAAGACACACAAGCAUUAUUCUAUUAUCAAUGUGAAAGAUAAUUCAUUGCAACAAUUUCUGGAUAAGAAAUUUAUAGAACUUUUUCUAGUAAGUUAUAGGAUGUCACUUAAAUUAAAUUAGAGGCUGAUCUAUAUUUUAAUUUCUUUGAUGAUAGCGAAGUUAUCAUUGCAAUAGACGACAAGAUAAUAUAUCAAAAUUUGUUUUAUAAAUCACAAAUAGAAUUAUAUAGUAAUCUUUGUUUGGAUCCAGUAGGCAAUCAUUACUUUACUACUAUUGAAAUAAUAUUUGACUUUUAGGUUAAGGCUUAAAACGCUAUUUCAAUAAAAUUUAAUUCAUUAAAUGGAAUAGAAAAUUCUUAUUAUGGAAUUAGAAACAUAAACCUUUAUACAGAUGGAAUCCAAAUGGGUUGUCCAUCAAAUACACCAAUAACGUAAUUAUCAAUCUGUACCAAAACUUGUGAUUCUACUAAUUAAUAGUUGCAAUCGCCAUUAUUGACAAAUUGUAUUUCAUAUCCUUCGUCGUCAAGUAAAAAUAAUACUUAUUUUUAGAUGUUUUUUCAAGAACAUAUCCAGAUUUAUCCAACCUUAUCAAAUAUUAGAUAGCAGAUGGUGUAUGGGUAAGCGAAGAAUUUAAGCAAAGCACUAAUGAAAAAAUGAAACAAAUCACUUUCUCUACUUUCACUAAUGCUUUAACAAACUGGAAGGUGCAAUUAUAAGGCAUUAUAUAUUUAAUUGGAGAAUGGAAAGAGGGCUCAUAUGUAAGAUUAAAGCUGAAUUCAACUAAAGAUACCACAACAAUCAAAAAUGUGGUUCUUUAACAAGAAACCAUUUAAUAUUCCACUUCAUUUACUAAUUAAUUUAAGUAUACAUAUUUUAUUGAAACAACAACUACAGUCACGUGUACAACAAUUGACUGUUAAUAAACUGUAUUUAUGAGAACUGAUUUCUAAUACGAGCUUGUUACUAUCAAUAAAACAAAUAAUAAAUUUGUUGCCAAUCCAUCUAAUCUUUUUGAUGUUUAUUAGACUAAGCUGACUUUACUAAAUGGAACAACUAUUCAAGUUUCCAAAGUUAUACUAAAUACAGAAUGCCUCAUACCUUCUAAUCCUUAAUUUUUAACAUUUAGUAUAGAAUAAAAUGUAUAAGGAGAUAAUGCUAUGUAUGCAUUUUAAGAUAACAUUUAUAUUUAUUCUGCAUCAAAAUUAGAUUAAGGAUGCUCGUCUUAUUCUUUAUAGGCAUGCAUCAAAUGUAAAUCCCCAUAUUAUGCUCAUUUAGGCAAGUGUGUGCCUUAAUGCCCAAUCCAUAGCAGGGUCUUAGAAUCUGUUAAAAAUUGUACUGAUUAUAAGAAUAUUGAAACUUUGCAAUAUACUCCAGGAAUAAGCUAAAACUCAAGCGGAAUUUAUUUAAUAUAAGAUUUCUAUACUUUAGAUUUUGAUUCUAUAACAAUUUAAAAUACUUUUAACAUUUAGCCUAAGAGAGAUAAUAGUUUCACUAAUUUACUCUUCUCAAAUUUACUAAAUAAUAAAAUAAUUGGAGGAUAUGCAACUUGGGGCUAUGGAAGUUAUGUAAAAUACCUUUUUGAUUUGCCUUAUCAUUAUUAAAUUAGAAUUUAUUGCACAUUAUAUUUUAUAGAUGGAUGGUCUAUUGAAGACUAGUUUAUUAUAAAAAUUGAUGAAACGGAAUACGUAUAUACUAUAAACGACAUAGAACCGCAAUAAUUAACAGGAAAGUCAGAUGUGGAUUAUAGUUUGCCUAUUUUUAUAAGACAUGAACAUUAUGAUGAAUUAUUAACCAUAAAAUUUACCUGUCUGAGUGAGAACUAUAAUGAUUCAAGGGAAAAAUCGUGUGGAAUGAAUCAAAUUUUCAUUCUAUAUGAUAGGAAUGUUAAUUAUUUGUGUCCCUAAUAAAAUGAGUUCUAUUAGUAAACCUCUUAAACUUGUGCAAAUUGUACUACUAAAGGAAUAGGAUGCAUUGAGUAUUAGUCGUAAGCAUUUAUGAAAUGCAAUUAUCGUUGUUUCACUUGUUCACUUGAUUUAAAUUAUUGUUUAUCGUGUGAUCCAGCAUUAAGAAGGGUAUUCAAUAAUAAUUAAUGUAUAUGCAAAGACGGGUAUUAUGAAUUAGAUGAUGUGCCACAAUGCAAAAGUAAUGAUCUUCUUAUAAGCUAGAAUGCCUUUUUCCUUGUUUGACUUGUGAUAAAACUUAAUGUUUAUCUUGUGUUGAUGAUCGAGAAUUAGAGUUAGGGAAAUGCAAUUGCAGAUAAGGUUAUUAAGAAAUAAAUCAAUAAUGUUUACCAAUAUGUCAUUCAACCUGUUUAACAUGUGAUGGAGUUUCAAAAUCUAAUUGCUUAACUUGUGACUUUUUAAUAAAUAGGUACCUUGUUGAUAAACAAUGUUUAUGUAAGAAUGGAUAUUUCGAGGAUGAAGAUUAGGGUUGUCUUAAGUUAUGCUUGAACCCAAAAUACUGUUAUGCUUGUGAUGAGCUAGAUUAAUGUAUUUAAUGUUUGCCAAAUUAAAAAAGAGUGUUAUCAAACAAAUAAUGUGACUGUUAAUAAGAUUAUUAAGAAAAUCCAACCACAAAACUAUGUGAAAUGAUUUGUCAUUAUUCCUGUUUAAGUUGUUCACAACCAUAAUCUUCAACUAGCUGUAUUUCAUGCGAAUCAAAAGAUGUUAGUUUCAGAGAAUUAGGAGAUCAAUCUAAUUGUGGAUGCAUUGAUGGAUAUAAAGAUGAAGGUAAUUAAAUUUGUGCGAAAAUACCUAAUUGCCAUUAUUCUUGUGAUUUAUGUUAUGAAUCAAAUAAUGAGAAUUUAUGCAUUGAUUGCUAAUCUAAUAGAUAUAUGAAUGAAAAUAAAUAAUGUACUUGCAAAUUAGGACUUAAGGAAAUAGAUUAGAUUUGUGUCCUUGAUAAUGUCGAUAAUAACUAAAGUAGUGGAAAUGAUAAUCAAAAUAGCGGAAACGAUAAUUAAAAUAGUGGAGAUGAUAAUUAAAGUAGUGGAAAUGAUAAUCAAAAUAGCGGAAACGAUAAUUAAAAUAGUGGAAAUGAUAAUUAAAGUAAUGGAAAUGAUAAUCAAAAUAGUGGAAACGAUAAUUAAAAUAGCGGAAAUGAUAAUCAAAACAGUGGAAAUGAUUAUUAAAAUGGAGGAAAUAAUAACCAAAAUAUUAUUGAAUGUGAUGAUGGUAAUGAUUUACCUAGAGAUGGAUGCUUUAACAAUUAUAUUGAAUAGUAUUGGUAUUGUACCCCAAGAAGUUAAUCUUAGUAUUCUGUAUGUUCAAGAUGUCACACUAAUUGUAUAUACUGUUCAUUAAACUCUAUUUGUGAAUUAUGUAUUGAUGGAUAUUACAUCAAUAAUGGUGAUUGUUUGCAAUGUUAAUCAUAAUGUAAGUCAUGCAAUCAAUUUUCAUCAUUUUGUCUUGAAUGUUCAGACAAGUCACAAAAUCCGAUUAAUGGAAUAUGUUAAAAGUGCAAAUCUGGUUAUUAUCUAAUUCAUGACACUUGUUAAUCAGUCUGUGGAGAUGGGAUUGUAGUUGGAGAAGAGGAGUGUGACGAUAGCAAUAAUAAUAACUUGGAUGGUUGUAAUUCUUUUUGUAAAGUUGAGUCUAAUUACAAAUGUUCAGAUUCAUCUUGUAUACCACUUCCAGAAAUCAAAAAGGAGGUAAACCUACAAUAGAAUAAUCAAGUUAUAAUAUCUCUCCAAAAUAUUAAUUCAAAUUGUUCUUUCGUUUCAUUAUGGAUUGAAUAAAUUUCAGCUGAAAAUUAUUAAUAUAAUGUUUCACAAUUUGAGUCAACUUAAGAUUCAGGUAUGAAAUGCGUAAUUGAUUUUUUAUUUUAACAAGAUGUUAAGCCAUUUAACUUGAUACAUGUUCUAGUCAAAAAGAGAACAAGAAUAUUAUCUGAUUCUGACCUUGUUGAAUUACUAGUUUAACCAUAAAAAAAGUAUUAUUAUUCAUACUAAUAAUAAGAGGAUGCAAAUAUUAUGUAUUAAAUGUAUUGCGUUAUAUUGUAUUUUUUUUUGGGAAUGAUUCCGAUAUCUAUAUUUUUCAACUAAUUUGA